AUGGCAGCUGUAAGUAAUGGCUACAAUUCUUGGAGAAGAAAAUCCCACAGAAGGUCAGAAAAUCGAGCUCCCAGUGUGCCAAACUGGGAGAAAAAAUUCUGCUGGGAAGUAGGUUCUGUCCCAUGGAAGAAGAUUGUGGAAUCAAAGAAACAUAUUAAUAUUUUCGAUCGUGUUAUCAACUGGAAUGAUUCAGCCUGUGAAGACGCUUUCGAGAAGGCGAAGCUUCGAUAUUGGCUCAAGAUCACUGGCCAGCCGCAGACAAUAUGUCUUCCAAAUCCGGAUAUGUUUAUUGAUAAAAACAUCGAUUGGAAUGCUAAAAGUGAUCCUGAAAUUUUGCGGGGCUUGGAAGAAGACGAUGAAGAGGAGGAAGAGAAAGAGAAGGAGAAUGUGAACGUAGUGAAUAGCUUUGAUGUUCCAUUGCAUCUGAUCAAGCCUACAGGCUGGGAUUUGUAUGAACCCAAGUGUCAUUUAUUGACGGGAAUGCUGGUGGGAGAGUGA